UCUCCACCGGGCUGCGCUUAUCAAUCUACCGACGCUCGGCACCUGAGCGCCUGGAUCCUCAGUCCAUGGAUCUUUACUUUGACACAAGGGUCUGUUAUCAUCAUUAUUAUUUCUAUUUUAUUUCUCUUUUCUUCUGAUUAGACUCCACUUUGCUUUAAUACAACCGGAUACGACAAAGGGGACAGGAUCCGAAACACCGAACGAGAGUUUUGGUGAAAAGUCCAACUCGAAUGAAUGAAUUAAUGCGCGGAGCCCUGCUGCUUCGUAUCAGGACUUAUCAUCUGAAAAGGCACCAGAGAUCACCCCUCCAUCGGUCCUACCAUGGGAAGAGAUGAGCAGGCUGCGCUGUCAGAAUAAAGGAAUAACUCAGUGCGAUCAACAGGAAUCAUCAGCCGUCGGGGUCGAUCGACGAGGCUGAUCGAGGAGUCCGCCUCAAGUCUCGAAACUGGAUCCUACCGCGAGCUUCGACCCACGGAUUUGACUGAAUCGGACAUUUAACACCCUCGAAGGGAGAAGAUGCCGUUCCACCAUGUGACGGCAGGCCUGCUCUACAAGGGGAACUACCUGAGCCGCUCGCUGUCUGACAGCGACAGCGACGUCCUCGCAAGCAUCUCAGUCGAGGAGCUUGAUGAGAUCCGGGAGGCGUUUAAGGUGCUGGAUCGGGACGGAAACGGCUUCAUUUCCAAACAGGAGCUGGGCAUGGCCAUGCGGUCUCUGGGGUACAUGCCCAGCGAGGUGGAGCUGGCCAUCAUCAUGCAGAGACUAGACAUGGACGGUGACGGACAAGUUGACUUCGAGGAGUUCAUGACCAUCCUCGGCCCCAAGCUCCUGUCGUCCGAGACGAGAGAAGGCUUCCUGGGCAGCACAAUAGACACCAUCUUCUGGCAGUUCGACAUGCAGAGGAUCACCCUGGAGGAGCUGAAACACAUCCUAUUCUACGCCUUCCGCGACCAUCUGACCAUGAAGGACAUCGAGAACAUCAUCAUCAACGAGGAAGAAAGCCUGAAGGAAAACUCUGGGAACUGUCAGACAGAGUUUGAAGGAGUUCACCCCUCAAAGAAGAACCGUCAGACGUGCGUGAGGAAGAGCCUCAUCUGCGCCUUCGCCAUGGCCUUCAUCAUCAGCGUCAUGCUCAUCGCAGCCAAUCAGAUGUUGAGGAACGGCAUGGAGUAGUAGCUGCGCCCACUGUGAGCUGGGAACGAGCCAGCCUGCAUGUGCAUGCCAGUGGGUGAGGUCAUGUCCCUGUUGAUAGGAAACGAACUACGAGGAAUAACACUCGAAAUCUGUUUUUAAAAUUGUUCGUAGUUAUUUCUGUUUGUUUGUUUUUUGUUUUUUUGUUUUUCAAAACGAGGGGCACGUCUGCACCCGGCGUCCAAUAAAACCGUGAAGCCAGCAUGAGGAGUCAUGCAGGACUCCUCCCCCUUUAUUCUGACAGGGACACUCAAGGGCUGACAUUCCACAUGAUACACUCUCUGUCGUCUCUGUCUCCCUGAUGCAAUAAAAAAAUAAAAUAAAUAAAUAAAUGAAGAGUGAGUGCAGGAGUUAAGAGCUGCUUGCUUUUCCAGCAGCAGGCGAGAUGUGAGGCGUGUCUGCUGAUCUGUCACCCACCGGGGAGUCUGAUGAGCUGCCUCGGCUGCAGCCUGGACCCCGAGAGGGAACGAGAGGACGGGAACAAUUGUCCUCUUUUUUCUUUUUUUUUUUAAGCUGGAUGGUGGCAGAGCUCGCCACAACUCAACUAGAAGGACCUUCAGCUCUCCAACUUCUCCCUGCCAACCCUACAAACCCAUUAAUAAAGUAAGAAAAGUGUUUUAUGGCAAAUAAAGGACCCGUGUUUUGUGCAAAAAAAAAAAAAAAAAAAAGAGAGAGAAGCCAACGUUUCUGUGUCCUAUUAAAGGAAAAAUAAAGAAUCCACCCCCCAACCCUCUCACACUAUAUUAUACAUAGACCCCCCGCCUGUGGUGUUCGGUUCGCUGCAGGAGUCCGUUUCACUUUUCUUUCUCCCUACUUUCCCUCAGUCUGUCUCAUCUACUUCCGCCUCAGUUGGUGAUUUCCCAAAUUGACCUUAAACCUCCAGAGAACAGGUCUGAACUCGUCGCGUUCGGCUGCGUCUCGGUGUGUAGGUGGAAAGGAGCGAGGAUGAUGGGUGACGCCGAAGUAGCAGGAUGUUUUCCAGUCGAGAAAACCUCAAUUGCUCCUUCUGAUCUAAACCCAGCGAGUGAUGUGGAGCUCUACCUGCACGCCUGUUGACGAUGUUGCUAAAUUAAGAAUCUGGUCUCGAAUCGUCGGGGACUGGCGGCUCUUAGGCUCAGCCACAGUUGAAAAUAUAUGAGACAAAAAUCUGGUUUCAGCGAGAAUAAAAGUGACUGAGGAAUGAGGGUUUAGGGCGGAUGUUUUAGGUCCUUCCACAUCCAUUAUUAUUAUAACUCACGUCAAGUUAAGAUUAGUUCAAAAUUGCAAAUAAAAGGAUUGUGAAUUUUACGGUUUAUCCACUAUUUCAGCUCAAUUCUCUCUAUUUUUAUCUCAAGCUCAUCAGAUAUUUAUUUCUUGUAUGAAUCUAUAUUAAUCAGUUUUCAUUAGAUUUCCUUAUUUUUCUGAAAUGCAGGGUGCAGUGCAGUGUUCACAACCUGAUGCCGGUGAUAAAAUUCACAAAUAAAGUCUCCAUAUUUGAUAUACUUUCCGUUGUGUGAAGACCACGUGUACAGAGAUAAACUCCUGGGGUGUCCAAAGUGUCUCGCAGCGCUGAAUAAUUUAAGGCCUGCGUCCUGCUGUGGUUGGCUCUGAACUCCUGCACUGCACUGACUUUCAUCUGAACAUGUAAACCCCACCGGGGGUUGGAGGGCGGGUGGGGAGAGGGAGGGGAUGGGGGAGGGGGGGGGACUCUAAAACACCCAUAUUAUCAAGUGCAUGCGAUCAAAGUCAGUGUCUUCUGUAAAUACUGUAACCCACGUCUGCUGUGUCUCCGGUGUCUGUCGAGGUGUUCGGUGUCUCUGUGUGCAUGACCGUCGGUGCUCUCCGCUUACUCGGGUUCAGAGGUGCAGGGAGGGAGUUCAGACGUCGGGGGGGCGGCCGCUUCGUCACAAACACGGCAUGAAGAGAAGCGGGCGCUAAAGGCCCUUUCUGUUUCCUCUCGACCCUCUUGCCAAAGCCAUAGAACUCUGCAGAGGUGAACCUGACAACACAAUAGUUUUCCCUGUUCCCACGUGGAAACACAAGAUCAAACGGGCAUUUUUUUAAAAUUAUUAUUAUUAUUUUUUAUUAUUUUCUGCAGAAAUCUGUGUAUUGUUUAAGGUUUGGUUUGUUCCUGUGUUUGCUUUUGCACUGUACCUGUCCUCUCAUCCAUUCCAGUGAAACGCUCAGGAGGGUUGUAGGUUUGUGCAACACUGUCACCUAGUGGUGGAGUAGGAUCACAGCGUCCACGUCUUCGUCCCAUCCCGGUGUUUGUGUUACUUCUCACUCUCUUAACACUUAAUAGGAACGUGUUGUCAGGCGAGGCCGUGCAUUAUAUUCACAAUGUCUGGAAACUGUCGGUAGUAAAUGUUCAAAUUUUUAUGUACGAUGUAUAGCUUGACUUUGCUCCGCCGACGCUGCCGGUGGAGCAGGACUUGUAUGCGAACAUGUAUUUAAACUGUGUAUUUAUAGAAAUAGAUUUCUUGCCUAUGGCAGAAAAGUCAUUUUGAACCUGUGAAAGGUUUCAUUCACAGACGAACAAACGCAGUCUUGAUAACCUUGUAGGUCACACUGGUUUAGAUUUUUUUAUUUUUUAAUCUGGAAAAAAAAAUUAUAAUAAAUCACUCAGAUUUAAAUUAAAUUUUAUUUUUUAUCUGUGGAUCUUCUAGUAUAGGUGGGAACGUGCCACCAAACUCACAGCUUGUCGUUGUUUUUGUUUCACAGGAUAAAAUUUAACUUGUUUUUUUGGGGGGUGGGAGGGGGUUUGAGUUUGAGCUGCUGUUGCCCUGUUCCUGCAGAAUGACUGCAUGUCUCCAUCACUGAAGUAGAAUGAUCUUCUCAAGGGUGAAAUGCACAGUGUCUCUUCAGUAGCAUGGCAGUCGGAUCCCAUGUUCGGUUGAUUCUCGUAUGUAACUUUGUACAUAGUUAAUAAGACAGCAUAUCUAUUAGACAAGCACAUACUAUACACACUUUGCACGUGCAAUAUUUAAACACGUAGAGACUAGAGAAUGACUUUAAGUUGUACUAUUUAUUAGAGGCAUAAUAAUUAUGAAAUUGUAAAUACGGACAUCUGUACAAAAGUCAAACGUAAAAAAUUGUUGCAAUAAACUGGUGUUUUUUAAA